AUGUAUUUUAAUCUGUUCACUUCCAGGUACUGCGUGGAGUUCGAGGUUAUCAAGGCGUCGAAGGCUUGCCACAAGUUGACGCCCUACAACCUGAUGCUGGAGGGUGAUCGAAUAACUGUGCGCUGCGAUCUCGGGGCCCUCAUCCAGGAUGGUGCAAGCGGCUCCAGCACUACUGCAGUCAGAUCUGCGAUCCCCACUGCUUCAUCCACGACCACUGGGCCCUACAAGGAGGAGGACGGUUCCAGUGCGGGGGAGAGCGAGGAUAACAGCAGCAGCAGUAAUGACGAAGACGACAAAAACAACAACGAGGAGGGGGAAAUGGCGGUUGAAAAUGCCCAGAAUAUGCUCGAUCCAGGUAGCAAUGAGAACUACGAGAGGGAGCACCACCGCCAGGCAAAUAUCCGAUCGCACCGCGACCGCCCGUGGGGCAGUCCCAAAAAGAGCGCCACACCGGCCACGCGGCCACCGGCGCCAACGCCGAGCUUUCACUGCCGCGGAGAGGGUCUCGCUGGCCGCACGAUGAGCUGGAGCGCAUUGCCGGCGCCGUCGUGUCGCGGAAAGUUUAUCCGCCUCACCGUCGGACCCCCCAAGAAGUGCAGCCACGCGCAGUUCAUCUUCGUCUAAUCGCUCCCCUCUAAUAUAAAUUGUAGUCUCGAUCGCAUCGUCAAUAUGGAGAACGUUUAUGAAGGUUAUGGUGUGUUACGGUGCUUCGGAAAAAGGAAACCCAAAAGAAAAAAGCAAAAGCAAAGGCAAAACCUGGCGCGAAGGGACACACAGUCCCCAGUCCACAGUCCCCACCAGUCGCAAACGUCUAGAGGCCUAAGCCGAUCCCAAUUAAUUUCCGCACUAUCACUAUCACAGCAUUUUCAUGUAUGUACAAUUUUUAACUUUAACUUUAAAGCCCCAAGUAAUUAAGAGGAAUAAAUUUACAUGUAUGUAGGUACUAGUAGUGAGUAGAAUCUUUUUUUUUUUUUGUGCCCACACCAAGUUAAGAUCGUGGAAAGUCAAAUCACACGUUAUUUUAAAGGCAUUGUAACAGCUCUCAGUUGAUUAUUUUAAAGGACCGAAUCAGCGUACUCGAAUUGUGGAAAUAUACAUUCUUAUUGUAGUAGUUGGCGGGAAACUCUAAAGUAAAAAAUUGCACGACGGGUGUAGAGAUACGACAUGAUGUUCUAUCUUGUAUUGGCUGGGAUUGGUAGAUAGUAGACGUAAUUCAUCACAAACUAUAUAACAAGUAAAAAGGAAGAAACGAAAUGAUCUUUGGAAUGGAAUGCUAGAAGUGUCUAGAACUUUGAUUCAAUCUUCUACGAGCACACAUAGUCGUACAUAUGUACAAAUGUACAUACAUACAUACCAACAUACAUACGCGUAUAGUGGCACCCGCAUUCGAUCCAUAUUGCAUCAUGCAAAACAUUCGUACACACAACAACAGACACUGACAUAUAAAGGCCAAGAGUGGCGGUGAGGGUGCCUCCCCGGCCCUACCCUUUGAAAACAUUCUUAAGUCGGAAUUAAACUUUGGACCUUAGCGGUAAAUUGGAUUCUAGGUACAUACGGAUGUCGAAAAUAUUUCAUAGAAUUACCUAUAA